AAAUGACCCAGCGUGGAGGUGGCGGCAGCAUGAGCGUUUGAUACUGUCCCUCACAGACAUCUGACAGAGAUACAGUUACUCACAUUGUGGCAGAGAACAAUUCUGGGAGUGAAGUGCUGGAGUGGCUGCAAUCUGCAGAAGUGACUAAGGCCAAUACAUAUCAGAUUCUGGAUAUCUCUUGGUUCACAGAAUGCAUGGGAGCCGGAUACCCCGUAAAAAUAGAAUUCAGGCAUCAGCUGCAGGUCCAGGAAGAUUGUUCUGCCAGUUUAGAUUCACCGGUUUCUUCAUCAUUUGUCCAUGUGUCGCCAUAUGCGUGUCAGAGACGGACUCCGCUGCAAGACAUCAACCGAAUAUUCACGGAUGCUCUUGAUAUAUUGGCAGAAAAUUAUGAAUUUUGGGAAAAUAAAGGUUCCCGUGUGAAAUUUCUGAGAGCGUCUGCAGUCCUGAAAUCUCUUCAGUCUCCUGUUGAAUCCAUUAAAGACUUAAAAGGUUUGCCAUACUUAGUGGAUGAGAUCACAUCUAUCAUUGAGGAAAUCCUUGAAGAGGGAAAAUGUUCCCGAGUUCAUGAAGUGGUGAAUUCAGAGCGGUAUAAAGCAUUUAAGGUUUUUACAUCCAUCUUUGGAGUGGGACUGAAAACUGCAGAAAAGUGGUACAGAAUGGGUCUCAGGACACUAGAAGAUAUAAAAACUAAAAAAGAUCUGAGGUUCACAAGCAUGCAGAAACAUGGCUUACUUUACUAUGAUGACAUCGCUAGCUAUGUAUCAAGGAUGGAAGCGGAUGCAGUGGAGCACCUGGUGAAGAAUAUUAUUUGUGAGUUUGUGCCAGAUGCGAUUGUGACAAUCACCGGGGGCUUUCGAAGGGGGAAAGAUGUUGGACAUGAUGUGGAUCUCUUAAUAACAUGUCCCAGAAGUGGAGUUGAGAAGAAUAUUUUGCACUGCACCAUUAAUGUACUGAAGAAUCAGGGUCGCCUUCUUUUUCUUGAUAUAAUUGAAUCAACAUUUGAUAGAACGAAACGCCCCAGCAGGAGCGUGGAUGCCCUCGAUCACUAUCAGAAAAGCUUUUUAAUACUAAAACUUUUGAAAGAAGAAGUUAAGGUGGAAAAAACGAGAGACGAGGACUGGACUAGGCCUGAGGAUACUGAACCUAGAGACUGGAAGGCUGUGCGGGUGGACUUAGUAGUAACCCCGCAUGAACAAUACCCCUUUGCACUUCUUGGAUGGACAGGCUCUCCGCAGUUUGAACGAGAUUUACGGAGAUACGCUACCCGGGAGAAAAAGAUGAUGCUGGAUAAUCACGCUCUGUUUGAUAAAACCAAGCAAAUUUUCCUGAAAGCCAAAACUGAAGAAGACAUCUUCUCCCACCUUGGUCUGGAAUAUGUGGAACCGGAGGAGAGGAAUGCAUAAAUCUGCCAUUUUUACAUACAUUUGCCCAUGUCCUGACACAAGACAAAUAGGAGGCUCAAACCAAAAAAUCAUAAACAAGGUGCUGCCUGAGUGUUGAAAAGACACAAUAUCACUGCAUAAGAAAAAGAAAACACUAUAUGUAGAUGCACACCAUGUAAAUAUAAUACAAGCAAUCUUUAUUGACAUGUCCUACAUUUAGGCUAGUCUUAGCAAGCUUAGAAACACAUGGCCAGCUUGGUCCCCCAAUACCUGAAACUUCAGAGAAAGCUUGCUGAAAAAGGGUUAGUCAUCUUAAACAUGUGCAGAAUAUAGACAAGGUAACCACCUUUGAUCUCUGGAUCUCCUUCAGGAGGUUUAAAUAAAUUAUUUAUUUUUGUUUUUUUCUUUUUCAGCGAUAUGUGGUAUAAGUAGUACAUAGUAAACAGGGUAUGCAGGUCCAAGAACAUGAUAGUACAAAAUUGUUAUUGAUAUUCACACAGUUUUUUCUCAUGGGUCUAUACACCUUAAAGGAAAUCUGUCAUCAGUGUCACCUGCUGUAAAUCGUUGGUAGAGACAGGUAGUGCAGGUGUAGUAACUUUUCCAAUUCCGUGCUGUCGU